UAAUCCAACUGUGGAGAAUCGUAUGGUACUGUGAGACAGUAAAUCACAGGUACAACUGAAGAUAGAUUCACAGUUGAUUGACACUGGUGCUGUUUUCAUCUUGUGUAAGAGCGCCUUCACCAUAGCGUCUUAAUCAUAAAGAACAUCUCGAUCGAAUCACCAUAGCGGAAAUUUUAAAAGAAAAAGUCAGCCAAAAAUGAAAAUAAGAAGUCCGAUGGCACUGGAUGCCGGGAAUUCCUCACCAAAGAGAACAAUUUGGUUUAUUCUUCCUGCAGCAUGUGCCAUGGUGUAUUGUAUAAUGAUUUACCUGAACGAAGAUUUGCAAUACCAAUUGUUAUCAAAUAGAGAGCCUGCACAACAAGUAUUGCGUGCCGCUACUACCGCCACCACCAUCAUAAAAAAGGAAGAAGAGCAUUCGACAUAUGAAUUGGCUCGAAGAGAGUCACUUGGAUUUUUCACGGACAUUCCUGAAGAAACGUGGAAGCGACACAAGAAACGAUUCCAACUGACUCAACCCAAUUACGAUGAUUCAAAUCAAAGAGCUUUUGAACGACAAUCGAGAUAUYCGAAUCACUUCUGGGCAGGUCACUUUGAACCAGAAUUUACCUGUCCCCAUGAAUUUCGCUUGGGAAAGCUUGGGGACGGAGGGAAGUGGAUUUGUGAUCCGCAUCGAAUCACCCAAACAAACAAAGAUGGGAAAUGUCUUAUUUACAGCAUUGGUAGCAAUGGCAACUAUCAAUUUGAGAAGGAAGCCUUCAACCACGUCUCAAAAACUUGCGAAAUCCACACCUUUGACAUAAAUAAAUUUGGCCAACGAAAAGACUUUGCGGCGUUAGCCCAAGAGUUGGGGGUGAACUUUCAUCACUGGGGUUUGGGAGAAAAGACAAAGGUAUACCAAAACAUGAAAACUUUUAAGGAAAUCAUCCUAGAGUUGAACCACCAAGAUAGGGUAAUAGACGUAGCGAAGAUUGACUGUGAGAGAUGUGAAUACGCUCAGUUUGAGCAGUGGUUUAAAGAUUGGAAGGAAUUAAACAUGGUGGUCCGACAGAUCAUGAUUGAAAUUCACAAUUCAGAUUUGCCGGGCGUUGUGAAUAUUUUCAAAGCAUUUCAAUCUGCUGGUUACGUCAUGUUUCACAAGGAGGCGAAUUACAUCAACGAAGGAAAGGCAAUUGAGGCUGCAUUUAUUCUCCUGAGUCCAGAUUUUCAAAAGAUCUAGAUCACGCAUGGUACAUGGCGCACGGUGCAUGCGGAACCAAAGCUAACAGACGACGUUGGCUUGCCCUGAACAUAACCAAAUCAUCCGUUCGCAACAACAAGUUGUUAUCUUUAUAACACAGACUGUCAGAUCAAGUUCCCAGUACACAAACUCAUUGUGCUUGUGCCAAGAAUAAUUUGAUAGAUAUAUGAAUCUCCUAUUAGGAAAAUGACAACUUGAAAUGAAAAAUAUAGAAAUUGAAUAAGAACUAAGCUCAUGA